GAGAGGUUAAGAAACUUGACAAAGCUGCUACACUGAGUGAAGAUUACAAUAUAAGUAGUAGCAAACGCAAUUACAAUGUCAAGUACCAAAGUCAACAACGCUCAGGUUUUAAGUCUUAUCCAAAUAACAGGAACAAACUUAAUGGGAAACCUACAAGUGAUAAUACCAAGAGUACACAAGGUAAUACACCUCAGCAAACUAAUGUGAAAUCAUCAUCCAAUUUUUCAAGACAGUUACAGAAACCUAAUGUUGUCUGUUUCAAGUGUGGAAGAGUAGGACACUUCAGUCAAGAGUGUUACCAGAAUCAACAGCAGUCAAAGCCAGUUGGUCAAGUAGUGAAAGGUGACCAGGUGAAACAAACUACGAAGAGCAGUGUGGGAAAGAAUCAGACUCCAGAGAAGAAUGAAACUAAACAAGCUGAAUGUUUACCAACCAGUGAAAAUGUAACCUCAAGCAGUGAGUGGCUUAGCAGUGUGGAGGCAUUUAAGCCAUAUAUCUAUGAGGGUAUGCUGUCAACUCAAGGAGGAAGUGUGCAGGUACCAGUCAAGAUAUUACGUGAUACAGGGAGUAACCAUAGUGUGGUAGUACGUGGUGCUCAUCCUCAGCUGGAGAAGAGUCUCACAGGAGAUUCAGUUAUUUUGAAGGGUAUAGAGGGAGAGGAAGUAACUCUUAUAUGCCGCUUACACCUGUCAUGUGAAUUGGCGACAGAGAAUGUUGAUUUUGCUGUAAAGGACUCACUGGCUGUGGAAGGUGUACAUGUUCUGUUGGGGAAUGAAGUUGGAGGUGUGCCAUUUAUUCCUUGUCCCGUAGUGACAGACAAACCAUUGAAGAUUAGUCCUACAGAAGAGUUGGAGAAGAAUAACCCCCACCUGUUUCCGAGUUGUGUAACUACCAGAAGUAUGAAGAGGACUACGACUGCAAGUGAAGAAACUGAGGAUUUACCCACCCAAGAAGGAUCAAGUGAAGGAAUUUUGUGCUUAGAAGAAUUGUUCCAGGGAAGUGAUGUUUCCCAUAGUGCUGACCAAGAAGAGAUUUCGCAUGAAGAAGACAACGACGAUGAAAAAGAAGAACCUGAUGUUACUGAAGAGACUCCGAGUAGUCAAAGUGUUCCUGAAGACAGUAGUGAAACUACAGUAGCUGAGUUAGUACAUAUUGAGAAUUCAACCCUUGAAGUUGGUCAAGUGACAAGAGAGAAGCUAAUGGACUUGCAGAAGAAGGAUGCAUUGUUAGCUGAUUUGUUCUUCAGAGUUGUUGAUCGAGAAGAGAUGCAACAAACUCCUACCUGUUAUUAUCUGAAGGAAGGUUUGCUGAUGAGGAAGUAUAGACCUACAGAUAUACCAGGAGAUGCUGUAUGGGGCGAAUAUAAUCAAAUUUUGAUUCCAUAUCCGUUGAGGAGGCAAGUGGUAGCAGUAGUUCAUGAGUCUGGACAUAUGGGAAUCAGGAAGACUGUGGAGAAGAUCAUGAAAUAUUUCUUCUAGCCUGGACUUCACAAAGAUGUUAGUAGAUUCUGUCAUGAGUGUCAUACCUGCCAAAUAGCUGGAAAACCGAAUGAAACCAUCAAGAAAGCCCCCCUACAACUUAUAGAAAUUGGACCGCUGCCAAAGACAAAGAAAGGAAAUGAGUAUUUGUUAACAUUAAUGUGUCCUGUGACAAGAUAUCCAGAGGUAAUCCCUAUUAGAAACAUAUCUGCCAAGAUAGUUGCUGAAAAACUUGUGGAGUUUUUCUCAAAGUUUGGUAUACCAGAAAUAGUACAAAGUGAUAGAGGAACAAACUUUACUUCAAAGUUAUUCCAGGAUGUGAUGAAUUUGUUAGGAGUGAAACAAGUUAUCCACUGCUUAUCAUCCAGAGACUCGAGGUGCCUUAGAAAGGUUCCACCAGACAUUGAAAAGUAUGCUGACAAAGUAUUGUUCUGAGUCAGGAAGAGAAUGGGAUGUUGGUUUACCAUUAAUGCUGUUUGAAGUGAGGAGUGCUUAUCAAGAAAGUAUGGGAUGUUCACCUAAUGAAAUGAUUUUUGGUAGAGAUGUGAGAGGACCGUUGAAGAUUCUUGCAGAAAAUUGGGAAGGAAAUCAUUAGGAAAUCCAAGGAGAGUAUGUGAAGAACUUAAGAAGAAGAUUGAAAGAGAUUAGAAAAUUCUCUUUAGAAAAUUUGAAAGUGAGUCAAGAGAAAAUGAAAAAGAGAUUUAAUGCUAAGACUAAGCUAAGAAGUUUUAGUGUUGGUCAACAAGUGUUAGUGUUCUUACCUGUCAAGAGAUUUCCCCUCACUAAUAAAUUUCAAGGUCCUUACAAGAUAAUUCAGAAGUUAAGUGAUAGAACUUAUGUGAUUGAAACACCAGAAAGAAGACGACGACAAAGGAAGAUACACAUGAACCUCUUUAAACCUUAUUUCAGAAACUAAAACUGAAACUGUGUCAAUAACAUAAACAACUUCAUCUACAGAAGACGAUGAUGGCUACGAAUUGGGAGCUGAAAGCAAGAUGAAUAAUUCUUCAAUUUUGCAAAAUGUGGAGGCUAAACUGAAACAUCUGAGUGCCAAACAAGGUGAAGACUUAAGUGAAGUGAUUAGAAGUUUCCCAGGAAUCUUUGCAGAUGUGCCUAGGCAUACUGAUCUGACCAAGCAUGAGAUCAAGAUUCAAGAAGAUGGAAAACCUUUCAAGCAAAGAGCCUAUUGCUUAUCACCUUAUCAUCGAGAUGUUUUGAAGAAAGAAGUUGAGUAUUUGCUGCAACAUGGAUUAGCAGAACCCAGUUCAAGUCACUUCAGUUCUCCAUGUGUGUGUUAGUGAAGAAACCAGAUGGUUCAUUUAGGAUGUAUACUGGUUAUAGGAAACUGAAUUUUAUCAGCGUGGGUGACAAUUAUCCUUUGCCUCUUAUAGAUCAGUUACUUGAUAACAUUGGGCAAGCCAAGUUUGUUUCCAAGAUAGACUUGUUGAAAGGAUAUUAUCAAAUUCCCUUAUAUGAGAAUGCCAAGUUGCUGUCAGCUUUUAUUACUCCUUUUGGACUGUAUCAGUAUACUGUUCUGCCGUUUGGUCUGAUGAACGCACCUGCAAAAUUCCAACAAGUGAUGGAUCAACUGCUAGGAUGUAUAGGAGUAAGUGUAUACCUGGAUGACAUAGUGAUUUACUCGACAACGUGGGAAGAACUUCUGAAGAUUCUGAGGAAAGUUUUCAAGAAACUACAAGAAGCAGGAUUAACAGUCAACCUAGAGAAGUGUGAGUCUGGAAAGGCAACUGUACAGUAUCUUGGGUUUGAAGUUGGUAAAGGCCUUCUUGCUCCAGUAAAUGCUAAUGUAGAAGGUAUCUGUAAGGCUACCCCACCUACUACCAGGAAACAGCUACAGAGAUUUUUAGGCAUGGCUGGAUUCUAUCGUCGUUUCUGCCCAAAUUUCUCAGCCGUAGUAGCUCCCCCUUGACAGACUUAACUAGUCCCAAAGCUUAGUUUGUUUGGACUCCAGAGUGUCAAGAAUCCUUUGAGAAGGUAAAAGCCAUUUUAACUUCAAGAUCAGUACUUCAAGCUCCAGACUUCAACAAGAAAUUUGUGAUACAAGUUGAUGCUUCUGACUGUAGCAUUGGAGCUGUUCUACUUCAAGAAGAUGCAAAUAAUAUCUACCAUCUUGUGUGCUUCAUGUCUUCAAAAUUGAAAAAACAUCAGAAAGUAUACUCGAUAAUCGAGAAGGACACUUUAGCCUUAAUCACAGCAUUGAAAAAGUUUAAAGUGUAUGUGAACAGACCUAGGAAUGAAGAAAUUUUAGUGUUGUCUGAUCACAAUCCACUAUCAUUUAUCCAGCGAAUGAAAAACCAUAAUCAAAGACUGACCAGGUGGUCCUUGUGCUUGCAACAGUAUAACUUACAAGUGCAGCACAUUAGUGGCAAAAACAAUGUAGUUGCUGAUUAUUCAUCUCGUUGCGAAUCGUUGGAUUCAACACCAUGAUAACCAAUCUUCUCGGGGAAGGUAUAUUAUGUGUUGCUACUUUCAAAACGCAUAGAUCCCCUCAUAGACUGUAUGAAAUGUUGUAUAUAGAGUUUUGCAACAUUUUUCAGAUUUCUUAGCUAGCUUAGUUAUAGGAUGUCUUGAAUGUAUGUUCAGAUUCUGCAUAACAUAAUUUAAAAGUAUAUAACGUAGAAUGUAAAAAAGAGAGAGCGAUUAUCUUUGUCCGUUCCGAGCUAGAGGUUGUUUCCCUAUUAUGUCAACGCCUUGAGAUAAGAGAGUCUCGAGGUCUCCGUUGUGUUUUGGGAAUUCUGUCAUUACGUCUGAUAAGGGAUUUCUGUUUCGAUCGAGUCGUGUCUUCAUUGAGCAAACUGGUUUCAUACGCGUACGUCUCUGUCAAUAACCACGUGCAGAUUUCACAAUUUUUCUGUAAAGUUACGUCAUAUUAUAAGCCUCUAGAAACAUUGCAUCAUAUUUUGCAUGCCCAAAACGUUUUGUGCCAGAUCCACUGUCCAGUUUCCGUAAGGAAAAAAACAUUCAUUCAGACCUAAAUCCUCAAAGCAUUCAGACAUCUCUCUCUCUCUCUCUCUCUCUCUCUCUCUCUCUCUCUCUCUCUCUCUCUCUCUCUCUCUCACGCCACUUUUGAGUUUAUAUCAACGUAACGUAAAGAUUUAUACUUAUACAAUGGUCACUCGUAACUCGUAAAUUUAAGAUUUCGGAUUUCUUAGAGUUAUUUAGUAUUAUUUAGUAUUUUUUGUGGAAUCUGAACAGACACUGUACAAGUGUGUAAUGGCGACUAUUUUUGUGAAAUGUUGUGAAUUGUGUAGUGAAAUUGUCAAACAACCUGCAGCAGAAAGAAAUUGGUAUAUUAAGGCUGAACUUUAGGGGCAGCUAACAUGAGAAAGGAAUUUGAUGCACAAGCAGUUUAACCGAGUGACCAUUCAUCCAGUCGAGAAGCGUGUACAUUCGUUUGUAUGGAUGUUAGAGGCCUAAUAGUCCAAGGCACUUGCGAAAGUGACAUUCGUUAAGGUGAACGCCAAGAGGUUGAGCGGUACAUACCGAGUGUCGGGAGAGAACGCCCCAUCGUAAAGGUAGGACAUAUUCUAUAAAGACUUAGAAAACUGUUACCUUUGGAAAAGACAGAGAAGUGUGAAAUACUCUCUUUACGUGAAUACUUUGAAAAUAGUGAUGUGUGUGACAUGUCUUUUAUGCCUUAUUAUCUUUAUUACAGAUGGGUCCUAUUCCAUGGCUAAUCUAGAGACGGGAAUCUCUAACCUGACUAAUACAAUGUACUUAUUGACAAUAUGGGUAUGGGAGAGAAUUCUUAGUCGGGAGGGUAUAAUGUUAACUUACUGGUUUCUUUAUGGGCAGAUUUAGCUUUUAUGCCAUUAUGACUUGUUAAUCAUUUUGUCCUAUUUUAUAACCAACUGCUUUGGGUAAUAAAUAGUAUAUUUUUGUACUUACGAGGUCUUAAUAGCCUAAUGACAUGAUUGCAGACAGAGGGCACUACUGACUACAGGUAAGAGUUUCCAGUUUGUGUAAUUUAGUGAACAGGGGUGGUAGGAACAGUGGUGACAGCGUUUAAGAGGCUUUUUAUAUAUUUUAUAAGCUGUAGGUACGCUCUGAAGAGACGGGUGACCAGUUAGAAAUAGAGAGUCUUUUCUUAUUUGGUAGGAAAAAGGGGUUAUUAAUCUUGUCACAGGCAACUCGAGGCUCUUUUUGCUGAUUCAAUGUGUCCGACAGAGAGAAGCUGUUCGUGACAGUUCAUCUCUCAAGCUAAGUCAGUUUCAACUUCUUGGGGUU